AUGGAAUUGGUGAAGUCGAGAAGUUUCGAUUUGGCUGAGUUGGCAACAACUUUACUUGGAUUCAAUGGCACUGCAGCAGAGCUUUCCAUCGAAGGCGCUGAGUCGUUCUCGAAUUCUCGUCAAUUGAUCGAAGCAAUAAAUCGUUCGUGGUUGAAUAUUUGGCUGACAGUCUCUAUUAUCGUUGAGUUGAAUGCUUUGCCGUUAUUUGUGCAAAUUACGCAAACUGUUGGCGGUGUAUUGUCUCGAACACUGAUGGGUGGACGUGCGGAACGAAAUGAAUUCCUUUUAUUGCACGCAUUUCACAAGGCUGGUUAUGUGGCACCGAAUAAGUUCCAAUAUGAAUACCAUCAUCAUAAUCAGAAGAACAAGAAGAAAGAUACUGAGAAUAUAGAGAUGAAUGAAGACGAAACUGAAGAGAAAGGAGACGAGAAAACUAGUAAAAAGGCACAGUACACUGGAGGACUUGUACUAGAGCCCAAGAAAGGUCUGUAUGAUAAAUAUAUACUCCUACUGGAUUUCAACAGUCUGUAUCCGAGUAUCAUUCAAGAGUACAACAUUUGCUUUACAACAGUGGAUCAGUCGAAAAAGGAUGAUUCGGAGCUACCGGCACUACCGGAUGAUUCUGAAGAGGGAAUUUUGCCGAGGGAGAUUCGUGUUCUCGUCGAAAGACGUCGUGCGGUCAAGAAUCUGAUGAAAUCUGAAAAACUGAGCGAUCAUCUAAGACAACAGUACAAUAUUCGGCAAAUGGCGUUGAAAUUGACAGCGAAUAGUAUGUACGGAUGUCUUGGCUUUACGUAUUCACGUUUCUAUGCAAAACCUUUGGCGGCAUUAAUCACUUCACGAGGCAGAGAUAUUCUAAUGCAUACCAAGGAUUUGGUCGAGAAAGAUGGUUAUUCGGUUAUUUACGGUGACACGGAUUCGAUUAUGAUUAAUACGGGAUUGGACAAUUUGGAAGAGGCGAAGAAAUUGGGCAAUAAGUUGAAACGAAUGGUCAACAAAUGCCAUACAAAACUGGAACUAGACAUUGAUGGUCUCUAUCGGAAGUUGUUGCUGCUGAAAAAGAAGAAAUACGCUGGAUUGGCAGUGGAUUUGAAUAAUUGCGAUAAGAUGAAGAAGGAAAUGAAGGGGUUGGAUAUUGUGAGACGUGAUUGGUCGCUGCUUGCGAAAGACAUUGGAAAUGAAAUAGUAGAGAUGAUAUUAUCGAUGUCGUUGAAGCGUGAGGAGUUGGACACGUCCAUAUAUGACCGAUUGCGUUUCUUGCGGAAGGAAUUGGAUGACGAUGCGAUCGAUAUUGAGAAAUUUGAAAUAUUUAAACAGCUCACCCGUGAUCCAAAGGAAUACGCUGAUAUCAAGUCUCAACCACAUGCGGCUGUUGCGCAGAGACUGAACGAGAGUGGCAAAUUUCAUUUUCAUAAAGGCGAUACCGUGAAUUAUAUCAUUUGUGAGGAUGGAACGCAGAGUUCGUCCACACAACGUGCUUAUCAUCGUAGUGAAAUCGCAUCGAAUAAAAAUCUACAUAUUGAUAUUCAUUACUAUUUGGCCCAUCAAAUACAUCCGGUGGUGUGUCGUUUGUGUGAGCCAAUCGAAGAAAUCGAUGCAGUGGGCGUUGCGAACGCACUUGGUUACUUGCUUAUUCGAAUCGACUCGUCUGGAUAUCGCAUUCGUGCAAAAGCAGCGGAUAGUCAGGGCGAUGAGCAAGGCGAUGAAACGACCUUCGAAUGGAAGCACGACUUCUCGCAGUGUCAACCGUUCAAAUUCAAAUGUCCGCAUGCAGAAUGCCGGAAAGAAAUUGAGAUUACGAAAGCAAUUGAAGGAGAGGUUUGUCGUGUAAAUAUCUAA